GGUAGGAUGGAGAUUUAAAAAGGAAAAAAAAAGGGUUUGGGAAAAAAGGAAAGAAAGAAGGCCGUGCGUGUGAGAGGUAGCAGGAGGAGAAGGAGAGAAAGAGUAGUGUGUGCGUGAAACCUCAGAAAGGGAGGGAGAACGGUUCCGUUUCAAAGAUUUUGAUCAGGGAACUCGGAGCUGCACUCAAUCCAAAGUGAUAAGAUGGCUGGAAGGAAUGAUGCUGCGAUUGCUGCUGCUUUGCAAGCGAUGGCUCAGGCUAUGCAGAACCAGCCGAAUGCUGACGAGAAUGCUGGAUCUCGUAGUUUGGCGACCUUCCAAAGAGAGAAUCCACCGGUGUUCAAGGGUAAGCAUGAUCCAGAUGGAGCAUUGGAGUGGUUGAAGGAGAUUGAGAGGAUUUUCCAUGUGAUGGAUUGCACCCCAGCUCAAAAGGUUCGGUAUGGCACUCAUAUGCUAGCAGUCGAAGCUGAUGACUGGUGGCUGGAAAUGCGCGACAAAUUGGAAGCUGCAGGCGAGGGAAUUACUUGGGAUGUGUUUCGUAGGGAGUUCCUGAGGAAGUACUAUCCUGAAGAUGUUCGGGGUAAGAAAGAGAUUGAGUUCCUCGAGCUGAAACAAGGGAAUCGGUCCGUGACAGAAUAUGCUGCGAAGUUCGUUGAGUUGGCUAAGUUCUACCCACAUUUCAAUGGAGAAGGUGCUGAAUUUUCUAAGUGCAUCAAGUUUGAGAAUGGAUUGCGCUCUGACAUCAAGAAGGCUGUUGGAUAUCAGAAGAUUCGUGUCUUCUCUGAUUUGGUUGAUAGUUGCAGAAUCUUUGAAGAAGAUAGCAAUGCUCAUCACAAAGUUGUUACCGAUAAGAGAGGCAAGAGUCAACAGAACCGCGGCAAGCCUUAUGAUGCGGGAAAGGGUAAACAGAGAAUUUCUCCAGGUCAGAGGACUAGUGGGGGAGACGCUCCUGCUAAGAUUGUGUGUUUCAAAUGUGGGCAGCCUGGUCACAGGAGCAAUGCGUGCACUACUGCUGAGGUGAAGAGGUGUUUCCGUUGUGGUAAGGCGGGACAUGCAGUUUCUGAGUGCAGGCAUAAGGAAGCUGUCUUUUUCAAUUGUGGUGAAGAAGGACAUAUAAGUACUCAGUGUGAGAAACCAAAGAAAGCGCUUGGUAGCAAGGUGUUCGCUUUGGCUGGGACUCAGACACCUAGUGAGGACCGACUUAUCAGAGGUAACCAGGAGGAGUAGUCUAUAGCUUUUAGUUCGAGUUGGAGUCCUUGCUCUGAUACGUAGCACUCGGGGGGGAAAUGGACGCUUGUUUUCCUUUCUGUUAUAAUUUGAAUUAAGUUGUUAUUUGAGAAGUUGUUUCUGUUUUAAGUUGUGGGCAAGAUACUAUGUUUUCUUUAAGUUUUAAAGACAUUGGAUUCGCUGCAUAACUAUUUGUCAAAGUGAACUAGUUCAAUGACUAAUUAACUGUCACAAGAGCAUUAAAGUUUAUUUAUGAGUUCAUCUCAAAGUUUAUGUGC